CAGAGACUGAACAGCUUUCCACAGCAACUCUCUUUCUGAAGUGUUAACAACUUUGAUGAUUUUGGGGCAUUAGCACCUUUACCAAUUUUAUCUGAGCUUAUUUUAUCUCCUGCGCGAGUCUGGUUGCCUCUCGGUGUUUCGGCCACUGAGGGCCAAAGAUGGGGUUGUCUAUUGUUACCCUCCAGCGGGACGCAAUCCUACAUACAAUUAGGAAUACAGCUCCCGGAGAGUGGAAAGUGCUUGUAUUGGACGAGGGCAGUAGGAGACUAAUUGACAAUGUAGUCAAAGAGGACGAUAUCUUAAACGAAAAUAUUACGAAUAUCGAACAGAUCGAGCUGAAGAGGCAUGUAAAUCAUGAUAUCGAUGCUGUCUAUCUCCUCUCUUCUCAGCCUCAUAUCGUCGACUGCCUUCUUGCAGACCUAGAUCGAAGGCGAUAUCGGAAGGCACAUGUGGUGUGGACAUCUUUGCUCGACUAUCAGUCCCGCGAAAGAAUUCAAACGUCCCCUGCUACCAAAGGACAGAUUGCCCAAUUUCGAGAGCUCAACAUCGACUUCUUUCCAAAGGAAUCCCAUCUAGUCACCUUUCGUGACCCUUGGAGCUUCCCGGUUCUGUUUCACCCCGCAUGUAAUGCCUUGGUGAAGAGACACCUAGAAGAGGUUGCACACAAAAUUGUGGCGGUCUGCAUUGUGUUAGGAGAAAACCCCGUAAUCCGAUAUUAUCGGCCGCGGAGCCCUACCCACGAAGCUCAUGUUCUCUGUUCGCAUCUUGCUCGAUUUGUCCAGGCUGGUUUGGAUCGCCAUGCUCAAUUAAAUGAAAGCUUUCGGGCCCCGACAAAUCGACCCCGAGGCGCUCUUUUCAUUACAGAUCGGUCAAUGGACCUCAAUGCGCCACUCAUUCAUGAAUUCACAUACCAAGCAAUGGCAUACGAUCUUCUCCCUAUUCGCGAUGGGGACAAAAUAUUCUACAAAACAGUUAUUCAUGCGGGUAAGCCAGAUCAGGAGGAGAAGGAUAUGGAGAUUGGGGAGCACGAUCAGAUGUGGAUAACCCAUCGUCACCGGCAUAUGAAAGAUACUAUUGAAAGCUUGAUGAGAGACUUUCGAAAGUUUCUCGAGGACCAUCCCCAAUUUACUAGCGGUGAGGAAGAUGCGACCAACCUCAAUACUAUCAAAGAUAUGUUAGCAGGUCUCCCUGAAUUCCAGGAACUCAAGGAAGCAUACGCGCUUCACUUAAGCAUGGCACAGGACUGCAUGAACAUCUUCCAAAACCGAAAACUGCCAGAUCUUGCUUCCGUCGAGCAGUCUCUCGCGACGGGGUACGAUGAAGAAUACCGUAAGCCCAAAAAUCUGGCUGAUCAGAUAGUGCGCUUGCUCGACGACGAGAGCAGCGUACCUGCUGACCGCCUGCGACUUAUCAUUCUUUACUUGUUGUACAAAGAUGGUCUCGUACCUGGGGAUACCCAGAAGCUCCUAGCCCAUGCUCAAUUACCACCUCAGGAUGGCGAGGUCAUUUACAACCUUGAGCAUCUAGGCGCAAGGAUACAAAAGUCCCUGAAGGAUAAAUCUCCGCCUGCGCCGCCCCCCUUCGGAAGAAAACAGCCUCCUCAAAUGCUGGAAGACGAAUAUGUUUUGUCUCGUUUUGAGCCAGCCGUCAAGACCAUGCUGGAUGAACAUGUCAAAGGAACUUUGGACCCUGCCUUGUUCCCGUUUACUAAACCUCCACUAAGCACAGGCGAAGGAAUAGGCGCUCCAGACCCGUUAUCCCAAGCUUCCCUCCGCAGCGCAAAACCAACGUGGGCUAAGUCACGUUUGUCUUCAGUGGAGCCUCGGCAACGAAUUAUUGUCUUUGUAGCUGGUGGCGCUACAUAUUCGGAAUCCAGAGCGUGCUAUCACGUCUCAAAGGCUACUUCGAGAGAAGUAGUCCUUGUUACGUCUCAUAUGCUUACGCCAAGUUUAUUCGUCAGGCAGGUCGGCGACCUAAGCGUCGAUAAGCGUCGUUUGGAUAUUCCCAUGGAGAGACCAAAGCCUAAGCCUCCGGCACACCUCUUCGAGCCUGAUCCCCCUACACCUACGGCGCCGCGGCAAGCUCAGCCACUGCCUAAAACAUCAGUGCCUGCAACCACUGCUGCACUUUCUGCAAUGACGAUUAAUUCGAGUGCAUCGAAUGGCGCUCCACCUCAACAGCAACCACCUCAGGUCCUUAGCAAGUCCAAAAAGGAGAAGGAACCAGGAAAGAAAAAGAAGCAUUUAUUCUUCUCUUCAAAGAAAUGAAGUCAUUCGUCGUUGAGCGUUCUAUAGCAUUAUGGCGUUCAGGAUUCGGUUGGCUACAUAGCAAAUUCCCUUGUUCAUGCUUUGCACCUUUCUUUUCUAGCCGUACAUUCUUGCUUUCUACUUAUCGAUUGAAGCACAUUGAAGCAAGGAGUGAAAUAGUAUAUGAGGUAGAUAGGAUACCAGAAGAAUUCCGAUAUGACGAGGCGGCAUCGUUCGCCGACGCUUUAUGUAGAUAUUUUCCCUGCUCCCUGGUUGAAAUUGCUGCCACUGAAGAGUCAUAGUUCAUCACGGUCCCUGAGGUAUUAAACAAUAUAUAUAAGGUAUCAUAAGGAAAUUCCAAUUUCUUAAGCCG